GGUCCAAUCCGCGCUUUGGAAACGGUCACGAGCUCAGUUCAGCCAAUAGAAUGUGAACCGAAACAUCCGUUGUGAUCUGCUAGGAGUUGGGAAGCUAAGCUAGCUCGGAGCUAAUGGUUUAAAGAAAUUUCAGGUCGUUUAAAAUCGGUACUCAACUCUCAUACUACUGACGAGUGGUUCGUAAGGUUGACAUCAUGGGUGAACCACAACAAGUCAGUGCCCUGCCGCCGCCACCGACGCAGUUCAUCAAAGAGUACACAGAUGAAAAUAUCCGCAAAGGUCUGGCCCCCAAGCCACCUCCACCCAUCAGAGACAGUUACAUGAUGUUUGGCAACCAGUUCCAGUGCGAUGACCUCAUCAUCCGUCCUCUGGAAAGCCAGGGCAUCGAGAGGCUUCAUCCUAUGCAGUUUGACCACAAGCAGGAGCUCAAAAAGCUAAACAUGUCCAUUCUUGUGAACUUUCUGGACCUUCUGGACAUCCUUAUUAAAAGUCCAGGCAGUAUAAAGCGGGAAGAGAAGUUGGAGGACAUAAAGCUUUUGUUUGUCCACAUGCACCACCUGAUAAAUGAGUACCGGCCUCACCAAGCCAGAGAGACGCUAAGGGUGAUGAUGGAAGUGCAGAAGAGGCAGAGGCUGGAAACGGCAGAGAGGUUCCAGAAACAUCUGGAAAGAGUGGUGGAGAUGAUCCAGGGAUGCCUUGCUUCCUUACCCGAUGACUUGCCCCAGUCAGAGAGUCCAGAUAUUGUUUGUGGUGGGUCUAAAAGUGUGUCUGUGGGACCUAGUUUUGGUUGUUCUUCUGGACAGACCCCCCUGCUGAAAACUGCACCAAUGGAUGUGGAGGAAACAGGUUCCAGUUGCAUGGAAGCAGGUGUUACCACCUCAAAAAGGGACAAAAUAUGGGACAAGGAUGCUGCCAUGUGUAGUAUAAUAGAUGAAAUAGCUUAAAAUAGACAAUGUUUAAGUAGCUUUACUGUUUCAUUUGGGCUCCAGAAUGAUGUUUUUUACUCUUCUUCUGGCAUGAAAUAUUUCUUGCAUUCUCUAGCAUUCUUUGCUAAUAUAAUCUGCUAUCUGUGUACGAUACUUAAACCUGCUAGGUUUCAAGGUUUGUUUUCCUCAUGAGACUCAAUAAAUGAAAUUCCGGUUGUA